AUGGCACCGACGAAGGCUGAGAAAAAACCAGCGGAGAAGAAGCCAUCGACGGCAGACAAAAAGCCAGCGAAGGCGGAGAAGAAGCUUCCCAAAGAAGGCGUAUCCAGCGGCGGCGUAGAUAAGAAAAAGAAGAAGAUCAAGAAGAGCAGCGAGACUUACAAGAUAUAUCUCUUCAAAGUUUUGAAGCAAGUUCAUCCUGAUAUUGGAAUUUCAGGCAAAGCGAUGGGAAUUAUGAACAGUUUCAUCAACGAUAUAUUUGAAAAGCUCGCUCAGGAAUCAUCUCGUCUCGCUCGAUACAACAAGAAGCCAACGAUCACUUCACGCGAGAUCCAGACGGCGGUUAGACUUGUGUUGCCCGGUGAAUUGGCGAAACACGCCGUUUCUGAAGGAAGGAUCAUCUAA